GUUGCCAGGUUCUAGUGUAAACCACCUGCCUGGUCCUGUUUCGUCACUUGAAAGUAGCAAGUAAAAUCGACAAAAUUCAGUUGAAGUUAGAAGAUUGCUUGAAAUGUCUUCAGAGAAGGUUGGUAUAAAGGUGGUGGCUCGAUGUCGCCCCUUUGUAGAAUCAGAACAAAGCAAGGGAGCAACAAGGAUUGUGAAGAUGACGGGAGACAAGACAACAAUCCAGAGCCCCCAGCAAGGAGGAACUGGAAAAGAGAGUGCAUUUACUUUUGAUGCAAGCUAUUUCUGGGAUGUACGAGCUAGCCAAAUCUACAAGGAACAGGUUGAACCCCUCCUGAAGAAGUCACUGGAUGGUUACAACGUGACCCUGAUGGCUUUUGGGCAAACUGGAAGUGGAAAGACCCAUUUGUUGUCAGGGACAGUGGAAGAUCCUGGCAUUGUUAGCAUGUUGAAUCGUAGCCUCUUCAAGCACAUUGAUGAAUCAUCCAAGCUUUUCUUUGUCUCUGUGUCUUUUGUGGAGAUUGUGGAUGAGAACUUCAUGGAUUUAUUGAACCCGCACAGUAAUCCAAUGAAACUCAGGCAGCACCCACAAGCUGGAACGUUUGUGGAUGGCCUGUCUGAGCUGGUUUGCAAGAAUGGGGAUGAUAUUGCCAAGUUCUAUGACCAAGGAAACAGGGCUCGGAGGAUGGGAUCAUCUGAUGUCAAGGCACACAGGGAAAGGGCCCACUCUAUCUUCACUGUCACUGUAGAGCACAAAGAAGCAGAUGGAGGUCACUGCGUAAGGAGCAAGAUAGCAGUGGUGGAUGUAGCAGGAUCUGAGGAUAUAGAGAGUCAAGAUAGAAGUCUUAUUGCUCUAACCAAUGUGAUCUCUGCACUUGGUGACCCCAAGAAGAAGGGAGGUCAUGUGCCAUACAGGGAGUCAAAGGUCACCAGACUCCUGCAGGAUGCCAUUGGCGGGAAUUCCUUCACUGUGAUGUUUGCCCUGGCUUCUCCUGCCGACUCAAACUAUGAGGACACGCUGGCUACAUUGCAGUAUGCACAGUUCUGCAAAAACAUAUCCAACUCAGUCAAGAAAAACAUUGAUGACAGUGAGCGUUUGAUGAAUGAACUUCGGGAAGAGAUCUCACGUCUUCGGGGGAAGUUAACGGGCAGCGGCUUAACUGAAACGUCAAGCAAGGAUGACGUGCUACGCAUGCAGGAAUUGAUCAAGGAUCUCCAGAUAGCCAAGAACCAGACCUGGGAAGGGAAGGAGAAGCUUUCUACUCAGUAUGAGGAGGACAGGAAGCUCAACCUAGCCAAGAAGGGUAUUCUGCAGUGGGUGAUGGCAGACAGCUUGAGGAAGGGAAAUAAAGAGAUCCAGGAGAGAGUGGUUUUCAUGCAAAAAGAAAAAGAUCAGCUCCAACAUCAGUACAAAGAGAGGCGUAAACUAGUGGAUAACCUGAAAGAUCAACUGCAGCUUAAGAUCAUAGACUAUACCAAGAUGGCUGAAAGCGGCAAAGCAACUGAAGCAGAGACCAAGGCCCGGGUAACGGCCAUUCAUGAACUCAAAGAGGAGGUCAAGAAGGAGAGUGAGAAUCUCAAGGAAGUCAAGCGAGGGCUGAAGGAGCUGCAGGAUCGACAGAAGAGAGAAAAAGAGGAUAUGCGUAGCCAGCACUCUGACCUGCAGACUAACACUGAGCUGUGGCGUAUGGCCAAGGCUGAGGACAGGAAACGCAAGGAGGCAGAAAAUGUCCACAUGCUGGAGGAAGAACUGGAGAGGAUGAGGAUGGAAGUGGACCACCAGAAAGCAGAGAUACAGUUGAAAGCCGCUGAAGGCUACACUUACACCAAGGAGGAAUCCAUUGAGCUGGAGAUGGAGUUGGUCAAGGAGAAAGAGGAGCGUCGUGUGGUGACCAUGCAGCUCCAGGCCUUAGAUGAGAUCAAGGGGAUGCUGAGCCAGGAGCUCAACGAGGCCUACACCAGGCACAGGCAGGAAAUGGAGAUACAGCAAUUACAGCACUUCCAGACUUUCCGCAACUACCGUGAAGUGUUUGAAGAGCAGAAGGCAUCUCUAGAGCAGCGUUACCGCAGUCUGCUGGAGGAUGCCAUCCAGGAUGCUGUCUUCCUUUCCAGUCGCAACUCAGAGCUGGAACAGGAGAACCAGGCACUCAAACAAGAGAUUGCUGAAUACAAGGACAAACUCUCCAUGAUGGGCGGGAGCCGUGGAAGAAGUCGACCUACCUCCGCUGCAUCUGUCCGUACCUAAACGUUGGUAUACUGUAGCAGUUCUGAGUUCAAAGUCUUGUAAAAACUGAACAAGGCGGGAUUUACUGGACUGGUGUUACUUGUGGGUACUCCUAGCACAAACACUGCAAAUACAUCAAAGUUCUAAACUAGAUUUAGGUUCUGAACUAGAUUUAGGUUCUACUCCUGUUUUUUACCCUAUGCGACAAGACAGCAAAGAAUUUCGGCAUAGACAACAUUUAUUUGGUUCAUGUACAGCCAGAGCAGUUUAUUGUCCGAAAAUUCUCACACCCAUGAUUGUUUUCCGGUUGUAGUGACUCCGCGAAAACUUAUUUGCUUUUUUGCAACUGCCAAUUAUAAUCACAUAUCUAUCUUCGAACUUGUCAAUUUGGUUCAGACUACGUUUCUGGUCGCCGCGAUCCGCGAAAGGUUUUUAGCAGAAGAUGCAUGGUUUCCUGUCACUGCGAUCCACGAAACCUUCCCACAUUGCUACAAUUUCACAAAUCAUUUCCGGUCGCUGCGAUCCGCGAAAUAAACAGCGUUCGACAACAACUCCAGAUUCAUACUUGUUUCCGGUUGCUGCGAUCCACGAAACAUAAAUGUGUUCCAUUCUUAACUCGCCUUCCGGUCACUGCGAUCCGCAAAGGCUAAAAUCAAUGUGUGUGUUUCCAAAUCAUGCUUCACAAAAUUGCUCAAUUUGUCUCCGGUCGUUGGGAUCCGCGAAACAUGGUACAGCUCUAUUUUAUACAUGUGUAACUUCCCUUCUGGUCACUGCGAGCCGUGAAGGCUUACAUCAACGAUUACAUGUAGUUGCAAAUCAGACGUCCAAGCAGGGCCUAGUCUGUUCCCGGUCGAUGCGAUCCGCGAAACAUCAGAACAAAGCCAAUUAUAUGUUAUUGUAUUAUGACGUCCCCAAACCACCUAUUAAACAAGCUUUCCAUGUAAAAGAUUGGAUCCUGGCAUGAAUUUCUUCCUUUAUAAAUGAAUCAUUCAUGGGGAUAACUAAUGUUGCCAAGUUUAACUUAAAUCAAUGAACAUGCCUCAGGCCUAUGACGGCAUACAGAAUGAAAUUCCUCCAAACGGUCAUGAGAACUGCUAUGAAAACCCUCGGACUAAAUUGCUCAGACAAAAGUGGCCAACCUUGCUCUGCGGUUCUGCCUAAAUAGGCAGCAAGGCCUUGUAUCAAUUAGCUAAGGACCACACAUGUCGGUGGGAAAGGAGUGUUUCAUCCGGACCCAAAUACCUGAAACCGUCUUGUGGGCAAUAAAUUCUUUGAAGCCUCGUGGGCCGCAAAGGAAUUGUUGGCAGUAAAUGAAAUAGAACCAAAACUUAGAUUGUUCAGUAGUCCUCUUGAAAGGUUAACAAAGGGGAGGGUCGAGUGGAGCCUGUCACAACAAACUUUACAUAGAACAACAUGAAAGUUGUAAGCUACUCACAGUUCCAUUUUUUUAGAUGGUUGAGGAACCUAAGUUGCAUAUGCAUAUGUAAUAUCAUUUAAAUUCCCUUAACCCUGAGUGGGAUGGAUUAUGACAAUUAAAUCGACGGAUUCGAACCCGUUAGCUUCUGAGGAAACAAGUAAUUAUAAAACAGCAAUGCAAGAGGUAAUUUGUGUCCAACAGAGAAGCAAUGCCUUUGUACUUGAAAAUAGUUCAUUAACACAAAAUGCAAGCCAAAGCUUGACGCAUGUAUAAAUAGAAUGCUAUAGAAUAUUUAAAUUUUUUUCCAUAGUCUGUACCUAUGUAAAAUUAUUUUUUUAUAAUGGAGUGUUCGUUUGUUUCACUACAGUCUAUCCAAUUAGUUCCUUCCAUUCCCUUUUAUUUCAGAUUGAUGAAUGAUCCGUCCAAAUUUGAAGUAUUUGCUCUUCCUUUUCAUAUCAUUUUGUAUCAAGUGCUUGCAAUCACUUUGUAAAUAAAAAUAAGAUUAUUCAAAUCGUUCCAAGAUUAUUCAAAUCGUUUGGCUUACAUAAUAGUAAAUAUUUUUGAUAAGAAGAUACAGUUGUGUGAGAUGUGUUGUUUGAAAAGUCAUACAGCAAGAUGUAGGUUAUUACCAACUGAUCGAAUGUGAUGAACAUCGUUCUUGUGGUCAAUUUUUUUCCACCCGAAACUAUCCAUAGGGAUUGGUUUUUAUAAUGUUCCGUUACGAACAUAUAUUUUUGUAUCAUUUUUAUGUGAGGAAGAUUCUUAGUGUGCUGGGAUUGUCUGUUGUAACUUUUUCUUUCAUUUUAGACCUAUUUGUGUGUAUAUAGUGGUUCUCCAAAAGUAUGUACAUUUUAUUUCUACAUGUUCAGGUUUAUAUCAUUUAAACUGAGAUUGUAUCGUUCAUUGUUCAGGGGAUGUCCGCAUUUCUUUAUAAUUUGCAAACCUACAAUGGCACCAACACAUUACCUUGAUUUUCUGAUAUAAGUACCUUGGAAGGACACUUUUUUGCCUUCACAUUAAAACAAAUAAUUUUGUGAAUAA